UUGAAUUCAAAUUCUUUCCAGGCUCUAAUUUCCCGCUCAAAAAACUCAGAGAGUUCCUCAAAGUUUCUUCAAACGAGACUCAAGAUGAUCGAUCUAAAGUGUAGAUCUGAAGGAGAAGGUCAGUUACAGCUCAUUGAGAGAGAUGAUAUGGAAGAUGAAGAAGAUUUGUUUGAAGCGAUUGAUAAAUUAAUCGCUCAAGGAAUCAACGCUGGAGACAUUAAGAAGCUUCAAGAUGCGGGAAUCUACACCUGCAAUGGAUUGAUGAUGCAUACCAAAAAGAAUUUAACUGGUAUCAAAGGAUUAUCAGAAGCUAAAGUCGAUAAAAUCUGUGAAGCAGCCGAGAAAAUAGUGAAUUUCGGUUACAUUACUGGAAGUGAUGCUUUGCUUAAGAGGAAGCAGGUUAUCAAAAUCACUAGUGGAAGCUCUGCCCUAGAUGAACUUCUAGGCGGUGGAAUUGAAACCUCCUGUAUUACAGAAGCUUUUGGAGAGUUCAGAUCAGGCAAAACUCAGCUUGCUCAUACACUAUGUGUUACAACACAGCUUCCCAUUAACAUGCAUGGAGGAAAUGGGAAAGUCGCUUACAUUGACACUGAAGGAACUUUUCGUCCUGAUCGUAUUAUACCCAUUGCUGAGAGGUUUGGUAUGGAUGCUGGAGCUGUACUGGACAAUAUUGUGUAUGCGCGUGCUUAUACUUAUGAGCACCAGUACAACCUUCUACUUGGAUUGGCUGCAAAAAUGUCUGAGGAACCUUUCAGACUAUUAAUUGUUGAUUCGAUCAUAGCUCUAUUUCGAGUUGAUUUCACUGGCCGAGGGGAGCUUGCUGAGCGCCAGCAAAAACUUGCACAGAUGCUUUCACGUCUGACAAAAAUAGCCGAGGAGUUCAAUGUUGCAGUCUACAUGACCAACCAAGUUAUAGCUGAUCCAGCAGGAGGUGUAUUCAUCUCAGAUCCAAAGAAACCUGCAGGAGGGCAUGUACUGGCUCAUGCAGCAACUAUUAGGUUGAUGUUUAGGAAAGGCAAAGGCGAGCAACGUGUCUGCAAGGUGUUUGAUGCCCCUAAUCUACCAGAAGCAGAAGCUAUUUUUCAGAUAACAGCAGGUGGAAUCGCAGAUGCCAAGGACUGAAGUGAUACACUGUUUAUUUUAGUUCAACAUCAAAAGGUUAAAUUACGAAGAAGAAUUAAAUAUUCCCCACUUUCUUCUCUGCCAGUACUGUGUUUAGGCUUUAAGCAUAUAUAAGAAAUGUAAUGGAUGCAAGUCGUAGCAUCUUUCCCUUCUAUCUAUUAUCCUUUGUAGUGGUUUCAAAUUGUAGUGGUUUCAAACAUCUUUCCCUUCUAUCUAUUAUCCUUUGUAGUGGUUUCAAAUUGUAGUGGUUUCAAACAGAUGCAAGGGUUUCAUUAUUUUGAUGGUAGCUGGCUUGUUGCGUCCAUGCAAAAAGAUAUUAUAGAAGACUGCAUUUGGUAAA